GGUUUUCUUUCUGCCUAACGUGGGAUGGACGAUGGAGCGGCACUGGGGAGAGUUUUUUCAUCAUUGCUGUGACUUUUCACAAAAUUUUUCUGAGAUACUGAGGACUGACCUCAGGGCUGUUCCCCUGCAAGUCUGCGCUCUGACCUCGCUGAGUUUGGGCUCAAGAUAACUUUAUUGCAUACCAGAUAAAUCCUGUAAUCACUUUAUUUCUCUGAGCUGCCUUUAUGAGUAGACUUUUCUGGGGGUUAGUUGCUGGGCUUCCUCCUAUCAGUGUGACACAGUUGUUGAUUCUUAUUGGUAGGGUCCAAUGUUCCCGAUAAGUUUGUUGUUGGUACUCAAUCCAGAGCUUUCUUCUCUAGCUACAGAAGGCAAACUGAAUUCCAGAGACAAAUUCCAGAGACUUGGAGAGUGGAAGGCAGACAGUUCUUUGUUAAAGCCUCAGUUCUGGUAUAAGGCAGGAACUUGAAUCAUGAAAAAUAUUUCCUGUUGCAGUUAAAGUUUUAAUCUCAAAGAUUGGUAACUGGUGAUUUUAGGUUUGUUAGAAACAGUUACACAUACCUUCCCCUCCUGGAGUUUGUUUUUUGUUGUUGUUGUUGUUGUUUAUGUUUUCUGUUGCCUAUCUCUCCUAGGACAACACCUCCCAGAUAUAUACCGUGCCUAGCUGCUUGACUGUUAGGUUUCUGGGCCUGGGCAUUACGCAAUCCAGCCAGUUACACAAACACAGGUCAUUUCAUAACUUGUUUUCACCAGCCAGGCCCCCUUUCAAUGAACAGAACAAAACAAAACAAAAACAAGACCAAGAACUUUUCCAGUGCUACUAUUUGCCUGUUUCCCGGAUAACUUGUGAAAAUAAAUCAAGCGGGAUAUUUCCUUUUGGAAUCGAGGAACAUCAGACCAGCUCUCUUUUUCCUCGGCCACUCUUUCCCGACUCACACACACGUACACGCACACGCACACGCACACACGUACACAUGCACGCACAAAAUUCCCCGGAGUGAACUUUUGCCAACUGUACCAGGCUGGGACAUUCCUCACAUCAAAGAACUUUUACCAGAAAUGACUGUGAUUCCCAAGUCGGCCUCAAUCAAACCUCUCUGGUGCCCCCUAUGGGACAUUUGUAGAAGAACUAUCUUGAGGAUGUAUUUUUCCAGCCCCGAAAGAGUGUCAACUUGGUUAGUUUUUGAAAUUCUUAGGAUUUUUCUUUUUAUUUCGGGACAAAUAAAUGCCGUGUAUUUAACAGUGGUUAACUAGGAAUGGCUUGACUUCAAAAUGAGUUUUUUAUUUAUUUAUUUUUGUUCUAAAUAAAACCUGCUUGGAAAAUAUUUUUUUCCUUUUCUCCGAUUUUGAUGUCUCUUCGUUAGGGGCCAACACAAUAUUACCGCAUCCUCAAGGCUUAUUUUCUUUAUGUGUUUGUAUAAGUGUGUGUUUGUAUGCAGCUCAUUCAGAAUUGGUGGGAAGAUGGGAGAUGUAAAUUAAGGACCUGGUUGCUUUUGAAUUUAAUUUUUUCCUUGAUCUUACAGAUGUAGAUUAGGAAUGAACGAAAUGCUUUUCCAGGAAUUCAUCUCUUUUGCUGAUUCUUGGUGGGGGAAGUCGACCUCACGUUUUUGUCAAAGUGAAUGGGGUGAAAUAGUCAUGUAUUGUCUGAGUGGCAGCUGAAAUUCCGUAUCUAAAGCCCUGAGCGCAUUUCUGCCUGCUUGUUGUUGAAGGUGAAUAUAAAUUAGGAAACCUGAUUUUUUUCUUUGUCUAUCUUAGUAUAAACACACAAGAAUUUCCACAUCUAAAUCACUGUUGUGCCCUUUGUGUUUUAUCUUUGGGAGACUAAAUACUUACUUCAGGGCUGUGGCUGUGGUCAGCCCCAGAAAACUUUGGCAAUACCCUCCUUUUAGAAUUGCUUGCAACAUAUCCUUUUGGAAAUCCUCCGUCCUAACAAACCUUUGGCCCUGUAAGGGUGAAUUAGAUAUUCAGGAAUUACCAAACGAACUUUGGGAAACCAAGUUUGACCUAGAAAGUCUGAGUGACCAGGCUGAGUUCAAACUAGAGUGUGACCCAGCUCCGUGGCUCUCAGCCUUGACAGUUUGCCUGGGAAACGGCUCCCUCCCCUUGAGGCCAGCACCUGUGGCACCCUGCCUUGGCCAUCUAUACUUUUCUUUCCUUUGUUAAACAGGAAUAGAGACGCAGGUUUUCAGAACUAAGGAAACUCUGGUUUUUAUGUUGAAAGAAGGAAAAAAACAGUAUCGUACUUUGUGUCUUCUGGUUACUUUUGGUGGCCGCAGCAUUUCACAACCAUGGCAGCUGCUCUGAUUGAGAAGUUCCGGGUAGAUAUGCCUGGCUCGGGCAGUGCCUUCAUCCCCACCAUCAACGCCAUCACCACCAGCCAGGACCUGCAGUGGAUGGUGCAGCCCACAGUGAUCACCUCCAUGUCCAACCCCUACCCCCGCUCGCAUCCCUAUAGCCCCCUGCCGGGCCUGGCUUCUGUCCCUGGACACAUGGCCCUCCCAAGACCCGGCGUGAUCAAGACCAUUGGCACCACCGUGGGCCGCAGGAGGCGAGAUGAGCAGCUGUCUCCCGAAGAGGAAGAGAAGCGUCGGAUCCGGAGGGAGAGGAACAAGCUGGCUGCUGCCAAGUGCCGGAACCGACGCCGGGAGCUGACCGAGAAGCUGCAGGCGGAGACAGAGGAGCUGGAGGAGGAGAAAUCAGGCCUACAGAAAGAGAUUGCUGAGCUGCAGAAGGAGAAGGAGAAGCUGGAGUUUAUGUUGGUGGCUCAUGGCCCUGUGUGCAAGAUCAGCCCCGAGGAGCGCCGCUCACCCCCGGCCUCCGGGCUGCAGCCCAUGCGCAGUGGGAGCAGUGCAGUGGGUGCUGUGGUGGUGAAACAGGAGCCCCUGGAAGAGGACAGCCCCUCGUCCUCCUCAGCAGUGCUGGACAAGGCCCAGCGCUCCGUCAUCAAGCCCAUCAGCAUUGCCGGGGGCUUCUACGGGGAGGAGCCGCUGCACACCCCUAUCGUGGUGACCUCCACGCCUGCCAUCACUCCAGGCACCUCAAACCUCGUCUUCACCUACCCCAGCGUCCUGGAGCAGGAGUCACCCGCGUCGCCCUCUGAGUCCUGCUCCAAGGCUCAUCGCAGAAGCAGUAGCAGCGGGGACCAGUCAUCAGACUCCUUGAACUCCCCCACUCUGCUGGCCCUGUAACCCCGUGCUCCUUCCAGCUCUGGAGGGGUCCCCGCCACUGCCUCCUUCCCAGGGACCAGCACGUUUGAGCCUCCAGGGCCACGAGGGCAAGAGUGGGACCUGCCAGGGAGCUUGCUCUGGGGGACCCGGAAGUGGGACCUGACAGUGAGGCGUUAGAGGACUUUGUUGAUCUCUUGGAAGCCCCAGGACCUUCUCUUCUGCAUCAUUCGUCUUGGAAGCAAACCCUCUUUCUUAAAAAGCCAUGGAGAACUUGGCUUGGUGGCUUCUGAAGAACCUGGAGCCGGCCUGAACAUUUCUUGUCCCUUUGUCAUGCUGUUGUCUCUGGAGUGAUGGUGUCUUUCCUUGCCCCACCACGCAUGCUCAGUGCCUUUGGUUUCUCCUCCCCUUGACUUGCCCCAUCCUUCCCCAGGGUCGGUUUUACUCCUUGAUUUUUAUCAAAUCCGCCAUGACAUUUCAUCGGGGUAAUCUGGAUAUUAAAACUCUUCAUUUCUGGAGAUGGGGCAGCAGGUGACCCUUCUGCUGGGGCUGACUUGUCCAGAAGGGAACAAAGUGCAAUACAGAACCUUCUUCCCCGACACUCCCCAGGGCACUGCCGUCUCCAGAACCAGCAGCAGGGUUCUCUGAGCGCCCCAGGAAAUGCCACCGUCACCAAGAGGCCCGAAGGACCCUGCCUCCUCACCCUCAGAGACAGCUUUCGCGGGAUCAGGAUCGACGUGGCUAGAAGAAAGGGUGUGAGAUGGCGGGCCAGCUUGGGUGUGCCAAGUGCCUAAUUACCAGGCCAGCAGUAGUGCCAACAAAGCCACAUGGGUGUCCCAGACAGCUUCCCUUCCCCCGGUGUCUUGAGCAGGGCGUCUCCUGUAAUUAUUGCCUCACCAUUCUGCCCCUGGACCCUUCUCUCCAGACUGGGGAGGCGUCCCUCCCUCGGAACCACACAUCACUCCAGGCCCUGCUGGCCUCCGCCCUUCCCUGGCUCUCAGAGUGACGCCACCCACCGAGUUUAAUGAGCGUGGGCCUGGACCCUCCCCAGAUUGCAGCAGGUGGCUCCUCCCCAAGCCUCAGAGGAUGGAAGGGCCCAGCACAGGGCUGGGAGAUGGGAGGCUGCCCCUGGGGUGGUGUCAGUGGUAGCAGCAGCCUGGCACCCAGCCUGCCCCGUCUGACCUGGCCACGCGUAUCUCAAUGAAGUGCUGUAUCCUGUCUGGCCUCUGUGGUCAUCGCCACCUGAUUCAGGAGUGAAUGCUGUCUCUUCAUACCCCCACCCCCACCCCAGGGUGCCCUUCUGGCCCUGUUAAUACGCUGCACAUAGCUGGCCACACGCCAGGGCUUGGAGCUGAUGUGCCACCCGGGCCGGUUGCUGAAAUGAGCUAGGAUGUGUGGCUUCCUGCUGCAGAGAGCUGCCCUCUUCUCAUGGGUCUCCUCACCCCCAGCAGGAGCACAGGGCAGCCCCGGCCCUGCCUCCCCAGACCACGUUGACUCCUGUCUGGGAAGGUGGCUUCUCGUCCCGCUGGCUCUGCAGGGCUGGUGCUGUCAGUGACCCAGCUCUAGAGAUCACUGUCCAGCCUUUAAAAUGGCAUGGGUGCUAUUAAACCCAGCCCAGUGGCAUGUAAAUUUCCAGCUCUGGAGAGAGCAGAGAUGGCUUCUCGGGCUGUUCCUUUCACACCCUGAAGUGUGCAGUUAGAAAGGAAGGCCGGGCCUUAUGCUUAAAAUAUGCAGCCCAGCAGGGUUGCAGGCGAUGCAUGCCAGGGUCAGCCACCUAGAGAGAGGGGAGUAAAAGAGAAAAGAUUCUGUUCAGAACACUCCAAACAUUCUUUCCCGCGGUCCCUGGCUGCCUUCUGGCUUCCAGGGCCUCUGGGAGGGGCAUUCCUAAGAAGAUUGGCCAACUGGCUUUCUGAUCUCAGAUUAAUCAGAGAAGCCGAAGGCAGCCAGGAGUAGCAGGAUAUGAGCAAAGAAAAGGGGGUGCUUUGAGCUUGGGAAGGCUUAAUCAUCUCAAGUGGUAUUUGCAGCCAGGUGGGAGUUAUUUGUGCAUACAGCUAUAUCUUAGAUGAAGCUGGUUUCUGACCCUUUCUUUCUAAAAGCCCCUGUAUGUCCCACUCUGUGCUGUGUGGAUUCCCAUGCAGGUCACAGUCUAUGACUUGGAGCCAAGCUGGACAUUCCUGAGCCAGAGAGGUUGGCCUCGGUUCAGAUUUCAAGCCCCGCUGGUGUUGGAACCAGCCAGCCCUCGGGACUUCAGAGGCCUCCGACCUGCAGCCCUUCGCAGACCUCUUGUUUUGUCCCAGGAGGACAUUUGGCUUCCCCAGAGCCCGAGGUUAUUUGGAGAAUGCUGAAUGUUCACACCUGAGUCAUGAGCGCACCCUGGCUCUCCUCCUCCUGGCUUGCUCUCCGAGUUCACGCACAUCCGCAUCCCUGCUCCAGCAUCGCCAGACGCCUGGCCUGCUGCUCCCUCCCACGGAUCCAGCUACGGGAACAGCUGCAGCGGCCAUUCCUCUGUGCUUGGGCGAAGAACUGCCGUGCCUCCCUGUGAACUCAGCCUCGAGGCAGCUACGUGGACUCCAGCUGGGCCGCACACAGCUCUGGGACACUUUGCAGGCACUCCUCGAUUGUCUAGUAUGAAACACUCCUCAUGGCCAUCUGGCUGGCCUCUCUGGGAACAGUCCUCCCCUUGGCUGGGUGGCUGGGGAUGGCUGCUGACACAGGAAAGAGAGCACAUCCCAGGUGAUGCUUAGGAAAUUUCCAGAGCCAGCUCCAAGCAGAGAAUUCCCUGGGGGUGGAGGUUGUUGUGACAGAGUCAUCGUUCUGUCUGUUGGGAGACCAGCUAUUCCCACUGUGGCCAGUCACACAAGCAUCUCAAAGCCAAGAGCCAUCAGGGGCUGCUGCUUUUCUUAGCCUGUGGGGAAGGAAUCUCUGUGUUCCCACUUGACUCUAAGUGUCAUGGGGGCCAGCCUGUCUGGACAUGGGAGCUCAUUUCUCCCUUCUUCAUGGACCAACAGUGCUCCUUGCAACCUCGCCAUGUAACGUGCAGGUUGAUUUCCUUCCCUGAUCAGACAUCCAUGUGGCCCCUUCAGAAGGAAAAGAAUAAGCACCUACUACAUGCCAGGCACUGUGAGGCACUUUCAUAUUUAUACCCAAUAGGAUGAGAUUAAGGGAUAAGGGGACCCCCUUAUAAAAGACCCCCAAGUAGUGGCUAAAUAAAAACACUUGGAGGUGAGAAGGCCUUUCUCCAAAGACCCGAGGUGAGAUUGCCUUCAGUCUGAAGUUUGUUCUCAAAGGCCCCUAUGGUCUCUGCCCCCCUGGUGUCCAGCCUGUGCUCCUUUGUCCCCUCAGGUGGCUGGAGGGGUGACCCAAGCAAGUCUUUAUAGAAUUGUGGACCAAUGGGAUAUUGGUGUGUAUAACUUUCUUUUUAAACUUAAGUAAAGGGGUCUUGCUAUGUUCUGCUUGUUGAGUUUUCUUGGCAUUCAUCCUAAAAGCCAGCAUCUCACUAUUUAUUGGCAGGUAUGUAUGUGUGUGUGCGUGCGUGUGUUUGUGUGUGUGUGUGUACGUGUGUGCACGCCUGUGUGUGUAUUUUCAAGUGCGCUUGUGUCUUGCACCAUUUUUUAGAAGAAAACCCAGUCAUCCCACUACUAAUUUGGCAUCUUCUCAUGCUUCUUGUGUUUUGGGCCACGUAAAACAAAGGGUUUUAAUUUUCUAAUGCUGACAACAUGCUCAAGAGGGUUAGGGUCGGAUUUUGACAGGGGGCAUGAGAAGGGAAGAGGGAGAAGAAAUUGACAUUUAUUUUAUUAUUUAUUUUAAAUGUUUACAUCUAUGUGUUGUACCAAGCCUGAAUAGAAAUAUAGCAUUAAAAGUUCCUCUCUCUCACUUUCUUUUAAAAAAAUUUACAAUAAUUUUGCUUUUUUGUUUCCAAAGUGAUGUGUGACAUGUGCUGGAUAAACUAUAAAAAGGUUGUGUUUCUAAAGGUGGGUUGUCAUUCCUCUAGGGACAGUGGCUGUCGAAAAAUAAACAUUGUAAGAGAAUACAGUGAAAGACCUUGCCGUGUCCCUCAAAAAUUACGUGCUCUGCUAUGAUUAAAAAACUAUUCCAUUUAUUUUAGUUUGUGGUGACUUGAUUUGGAGGAAGAAAAUAUUUGACAUUGUAUAAAGACUAAGAAUCAGGUGUCUUUCACAGUGGGAGAUGUAUAUAUAGUAUUUUGGUAUAUUGUGGAAAUCCACGAGCUUUGUGUAUUUGUAUUUGAGAUACAUUGAUGGUGUGGAGUAAAGUCUACUAUUAGAUCCUGUAGGCAAACAAGUUGUACAAGGUUUCUGUUGCUCUGUGGGGAACGUGAUUACCUUUCCGGGCACCUUUUAAACAUUUUUUCCCCCUGAUUUUGGAAAUGGUUCGAUUGGACCUCUUCUGUCGCCCUUUCCAGGCAGGACUGUAAGCCCAAAAUCGUUGUAUAGUUUCGAAAAUUGAGGAGUAGCUGUGUUCCGAAGCAUCUCUGGUGGUAUCUGUUGUUGUUGUGUUGUGUUGUUUUACUGUAUGUAACACAAGCCUACAGUAUUUGCACUAAAGAAAGCUUGUUAGAAAAAGCUUGCUGCUAUGGAAGAAAGAACAUAUUAAAACAUUUUUCCCUCGCGGUAUUUUUUUUUUUUUUUUGGUAGCUUUUCCACUUUCCGUUGAGUAGCAUUUUGUAGAAUAAAAUGAAUUAAGAUGAA